CCUUAACUCUACCGGAAAGAUUCUUAAGGCAAGCGUCCUGUCCAUGGAGGCGUACAUGGAGAGCAAAAUGGACGCCAUGCAGGACACCCUGGACCAGAUUUUGCAGGCCCUACGAAGGCCAGGGAUCCGGACAACAACUUUUCCAUCGCUUCCAUUAUCAGCGAUGACAGACCCCUAUGCCGCUCAGUCUGGACAGCAACCAAACGGUACAUCAGCAGCAGCUCUAUCUCAGACUGCUAUUUCUUCAUCUUCUGGUCCAGCGACUGGAGCUACACCACAAUCGCCAUUUGUCCCGCCAGCGGGACAGCAAUUACCUUGGUACCCCAAGGACCCCCUGAAACCACCUCCAACCUUCUCAGGAGACAAGAAGGAUGAGGCUCUCGACACGUGGUUGAGAAUGGUGCCAGUGUGGGUGAGGGCAAAGAGGACAUUUGUAGAGGAGGAGGUGAUAAUUGCUGCAUCCUACUCAGAGGGUUCAACAGCUCGCUGGCUAAAUGGUUUGGUUGCUUCAAAGGGUUUCGGUAGGAACAUGAGUGAUUGGGCUCAGACUCACACCCUAGAAAGCUUUAUGGAGUUAGUGGAGGCUCGAUGGCACAACCCUCAGCAGUCGCAAAUUGCCACUGAUGGGCUAUUGAAACUUGACUCUAGGAAUCCAAAUGAAUUGUCGCUCCGGCUAGGAGUUCUACCUUCUCUUCUGAUUGAUUUGAAGCUGUUUCUUUCAUUGGCGCACGAUCUGCUUGAGGAUGACGAGGAGACCUUCGCAGAGGAUCCUUCUCUUGAUGACGAUCAAGAGCAAGGCUGCGAGGCAUCUUGCUCUUCGUCAGCUCAUGAGUCUGAGUAUGUAUAUGACAAAGAAUCCAUGAAUGCCUUCAAGAAGACUGCCUUUAAAAAUCUCAAACUUACAUUCGUAGUAACUACGGAUGCAAGCUUGUAUGGGAUUGGUGCAGUGCUGCAGCAAGAUGACGGCGAUGGCUUACGUCCGCUUGAAUAUUACAGCAAACGCAUGCUCAGUCACAAGGUAGCUGCCUCCACUUACAUGCGAGAACUCUACGCCUUGAGAGAGGCGCUAGAUCAUUGGAAACACUACCUCUUGGGUCGUCAUUUCAAAGUGUUCUCAGAUCACGAGACUUUGAAAUGGAUUCAGACACAGAUUAAUCCAUCAACCACAUUGACCCGCUGGCUGCAUCAGAUUGAUGUGUAUGAUUUUCAACUUAAGCACAAGAAAGGUUGUUACAAUCGCGUUGCGGAUGCUUUGUCUCGCCAUCCUGAGUACAUGACUUGCCUUGUGGGUUCCUGUGAUCUCCGUAAGAACUUGAAGGAGGAACUCGUUCAGCACACUGCCAAGGACCCGGAACUCAGUCCCGUCCUUGAGCAGAUUCGGGCUGACCCUAGCAGUCGGCCUGAUUUCCAUGAAUAUUGGAAGGACUUCACCUCCCAGAUCUUUGACAUCAAGCUCAAGAUGACAUAUGAUCGACAUCACGAAGCCAAUGGGCUGGCCGAGGAGAUCAACCAGACUGUGAUCCAACUUCUCCGAGCUCUAAUUGUGCCUGAUCAGAACUCUUGGGAUGAGGAGUUGCCGACUGUGCAGGGGUUGUACAACAACUCCAUACACUCCUCCACCGGGAUGACACCUAACUGGCUGCACCUGGAGUGGAAAAUUCGCAAUCCUCUAUCCUAUCCGUUUCCUGAACAGCCACCUGGCUUGACACCUGGCCAGCCAGGCUACCGCGCUAAGUUUGAUCGUUUGCUCAAAGUUGCAAUCGCAGCUAUGGAAAGGCGACCCAGUGCCAUGAUUAAGCAUGCAAACAAAAAGCGCCAGCCUGACCCUUUCACAGUGGGAAGUUAUGUCUGGGUUAAGAUGUCUGAGUUUUCUAAAGAAGGUGGUGUAUCACGGAAGCUUCUUCCUCAGUACUACAGUCCGUGGAAGGUGCUGAACCGAGUAGGAGAUGACUCGUUUGGUCCUUCUUACACAAUCGACAGGCCAUUCGUUGUAAUCACUGACGCAAGCCAAUAUGGCAUUGGCCCAGUGCUGGAUCAGCAGGAAGGGAAAAAGUUGAGACCGGUCGAGUAUAUGAGCAAAAAGAUGUCAUCAAAGAAGUUGGCGAAGUCCACCUAUGAAAGGGAACUCUAUGCUCUCUACAAGGCACUUGUCCACUGGAGGCACUAUCUGUUAGGAAGGUUCCCCUACUUGAGAACUGACCAUCGGACGCUCAAGUGGAUCAAGACCCAACCUGUUCUCUCCGAUGCACUCAAAUGCUGGAUUGAAGUCAUAGAUCAGUACGACUUCAAACCAAACUAUGUGAAGGGAGAAUACAACGAGGUUGCGGAUGCGUUGUCUCGCAGGGCAGAUUACCUAGGUGCACUGAUCUCUGAGUUUGGCUUGUCUGAGGACGUUACUCGAUCUUUGGGGGAAGCCUACAAGGAAGAUCCCAUCACGAUGGACAUCAUCAACAAACUGCAGGCCAAAGACAAGGCCACCUGUGACGAGUUUGUGAUGGUGGAUGGGUUACUCUUUCUUGAAAAGGCAGGGUUUAAAAGGUUAGUUGUUCCAUCUAGGGAGAUUUUGCGUAGUUUAUUUUUAGGUGAGUGUCACGACGCAACGGGACAUUUCAGCGACAAGAAGGCUAGUGCUAAUUUAGUAGAACGAUUUUGGUGGACCAACAUGCUAGACGAUGCAAAGAAGUACCUACAGUCCUGUCAGGUAUGUCAGCGGGAUAAGCCGCGGACUCAAGCUCCUCUUGGGUUACUCAAGCCUCUACCCAUUCCUGCUGGCCUAGGCCAGAGCAUCUCCAUGGACUUCAUGGAUACUCUCGUGACCAGCAAGAAUGGCAAGCGGCACAUCUUCAUCAUAGUUGAUAGGCAUACUAAGUUCGCAAGACUAGUUGCCAUGCUAGAGACCACCAGGACCAAACACGUCAUUAAGUUAUUCAUGGAUAACUGGGUACGUGAUUUCGGGCUACCAAAGACAAUCGUUAGUGAUAGAGAUGUGCGAUUCACCAGCGAGAUGUGGAAGAAGGCCGCUGAACAGAUGGGCAGCCAGCUUCAGAUGACUUCUGGGAAUCAUCAAGCAAAUGGGCAGGCUGAACAGAUGAACCGUGUGGUGCAGCAUCUGCUGAGACAUUACAUCAAGCCCAGCCAGGAUGACUGGGAUGAGAAGUUACCUCUCAUCGCCAGUCUGUACAAUAACGUUGUACAAAGCACCACCGGGGUCACCCCAAAUCAGCUGCAUCUGGGAUGGAAGCCUAGAUCUGCUCUAGACUUCCUCCUGCCUGAAAACCGAACCGCUGCAACUCCUGGAACCAUUGAAUUUGGUGUCCAGUACGAGAAAUUGUUGCAACAGACUGUCGAACACAUCAAGAAAUCUCAGGAAGCCAUGAUUGCUUCUGAGAAUAAGAAACGCCGACAGUCCACAUUUCAGACAUUGGUGUCGAGGUUGGGCGAGGAGGAGGAUCGAGGCUGUGAGACUGGAGAGGGAUUUGAGGACUUACCUGGCGACGUCGUGUGUGAUCUGCUGUUCGUCUCCAUGAAGUGCUCGGCUCUUCUGGAUCUGGAACCGGGAAACACCGCCAUUGAGGGGAUGGAGAAGAAGAUCAUUAGUAGCCAUAACCCAGGGUUGAAUAUGAAAGGGAAGAAGGCUAAAAAGAAGCCACGAAGAUGUCGGGGUGGCAAGAAGAAGGGGGUGGAUAGAUCACCGCCCGUCAUCAUCGUUGAUGAGCCACUAUUUUUCGAUUGCCCUGGUAUUGACGUCCGGCAAGAGCCUGAUUUACUCCGGAUUCUGAAAAUGCUGGCUAAGCAGAGAGGGAAGGGGGAAGUGCUGAUUAGCAACAACUGUGGGUGCCGCUGGUUGAAAGCAUGGAGGCCAGGGGUACGGAAUGCCGUUGGGUGCAUAAAAAGUGAGUAUGUGAACGGGGUAGCACAAGCCUUCGAGGGACUGGUCAUGUCGCCACUGGAUCGCAAUACUAGUGAGACAUGGCUAGAGUGCCCCAAGUUGUAUGAAGCUGGCCUUAGAAUGAUGUUCCUGGAUAAUGAGAACUAUGAGAGGGUAGCAAAACCAAAGUCUGUUGUCCUCAGGGAUAUGAAAGAGAAGUUUGACGAAAGCCGCCUUGGUGACAUGGCUAGAUGGGACAGGGAGGGUGAGCUCCAACACGCAUAUAUCCUUGCUAAAGAGAAGGAUAAAAGGAAGAGGCGACCUAUAGUUCCGUCAUUUGCGAGUCCCUUCAGGUCUGCCUCUGGUCUGCUGUCUACCGUGCUAAAUACGUUGAUUAGAAAUGUGUCUGUCCCGCACUUCAAUCUUCAUGCAAUGUGUGAUCUGAAGGAUGAGAUCAGCAAAAUUAACCAGUAUGGUCGUACCACUGGGACUGCUGACCUUAGUUUCGUGGCACGAACGUAUGACAUCAAAGAGAUGUUUACGCAAUUACCGCAUUGUGAAAUCAUCAAGGCGGUUCAAUGGGUGGUGGAAGUGUUCCAUCAGAAGGGUAUCCGAAGGAUCAGAGUGAACAUGAGGAAGAAAGUGGCUUGCUUUGGUGAAGCACACGGUGAAGCAGGCUGGAAGACAGUUAGACUUAGUAAGCUUGGGUUGCUUACUGAUUUUCAGCUAGAGAACACUUACUUUUUGGUCUCAAAUACUGUCCUACGGCAAAAGAAGGGCAUUCCAAUGGGGGGAAGGGCAAGUCCUUCGCUUGCAUGCAUCAUGUGCAUGAUGGCUGAGCACCAGUUCCUGUGGUCCCUAGGGACUGAUAGUAAGUUCAUCACGGGCAAAAGGUAUAUCGACGACCUGUUGGUCGUGUCGUUCUUCCGGUUGACUGACCAGACGGGACGCAGUAAUGCCGAGAAACGCCUCGAUUUGGUGACAAACUGCUAUCCGGACGGGCUGGUAUUGGAGAGAACGGAUCCUGGAAAUGGGAUCCUAGAUUUUCUGGAAACACGACUGGUGGUGAGUGGCGACACAACGGCCAUACUGAUGUCCCACAAAUUCAAGAAUGUGGACACGAUUUGGGAGGAGGGUCCACUGAGAUUCCAGACCUUCAAGAAUUUCUCAUCUUUUGGCCCGCGUAUGGCUAAAUUUGCUACUGUUGCCAACACCAUCCAGCGAAUUGCGAAUAACUCCAACGACUCAGGCCUGACGUGCCUGAAUGUCCUCAGCCUGGUUGAGGAACUCUGGAAACUGGACUACCCUGGAAAAGUAGUCACAACUGGGCUGCGAUGGAUGGAGAAAAGGGAUGAACCACUUUUUUGGGGCAAAAUGACGGAAGUGGUAGAGCAAUGGCUCUUUGAAGAAUGAUACUCACCUAGGAUACUGGGCGCUGCUAUUUGAGGAGGCGUCCGGACACCAGGGCGCGAUAUCGGGCCAAGAUCUUCGGAGGACAAACUCUGAUAAGCAGCAUGGAUAUGUGAUCUGGGUUAAACCCUUUUUUAACAUUGUAGUCUGCGAAAUAAGACGUAGUGAGACGACGGCGGUUUUAUACAGCUGGGCUUCGUUUGAAAACGUGGCGAGUACGGUGUCCAGGUACAGUCUACUCAGUAGACCUAUACAGCUGGGUCGCGUCGAAGGCAUAACCCAGACACGGUAAGUAAGGUGAGUAAAUGAAUUCCGGCCGAGAUA